GGCGAGAGCGCGGACGGCGCGCUCCCGUCACCCGCGUCGCCAUCUUUUUCCCCCUCCGUCCGUCUGUCUGCCGUUGGCUUUGUCUGUCUGCCGCGCCGCCCCUCGCCUACCCGCCGCCGGUGCGGCCCGCAGCCGCCCUCUGCCGGCCUGGGGCCCGGUCCCGGGGAGCCCCGGCCCGGCCAGCCCGAGCUGCGGCCGGGGUCCAUUGUCCCGCGGUCUGUCUGUCCGGAGGCGGGGCCCAGGGACGCGGAGCGCCGAGGCUGCGGAUUCCCAUCACUUGGAUUCGGGCGAGUUUACGUUGCUUCGUGGGAACCUCACCAGAGCUGGAGGUGUGAAGUCCCCUGAGGUACCAUCUGGUCAGUUCCCCCACUGGGCCACUAGGAGGAUCGUGAGAAAGCAGUGGACGCUGCUGCCCUGCUGGCUGUGCAGCCUUGUAGCCGCACAUCCGUCAUCUCUUCGCCGGGCAGCUUUAGUAUUAAACCGUCGUCUUGCCAAGAUGAUCUAAAUAAAGCCUGACUCACAGACUUUAGCGUCUCCAUCUUAGAGCUCCGAUUCCUGAACUUCAGAGGGUCUGAAAAGAACUGUGUUUGGUAUGCAGAUAUGAUAGAAGACUGCCUGAAAGCUGCUUCCUUUGCUACUUCCUGUGGAGGCCCGUCUUUGCCAUUUGCGGUUUCUUUCUUCUUUUGGUCAGCACCUUACAAGGAGGUGGUAACAUAUCCAGUGGUGAAACUGGGAAAGAGCAGAGCUUUUGGAUCAGGGAAACAUGUCCCGUAGGAAGCAGACAAAUCCAAAUAAAGUUCACUGGGAUCAAGUAUUUGCUGGGCUAGAGGAGCAAGCCCGACAGGCGAUGAUGAAAACUGAUUUUCCUGGAGACCUUGGCAGUCAGCGACAAGCUAUCCAGCAACUAAGAGAUCAGGACUCCAGUAGCAGUGACAGUGAAGGUGACGAAGAGGAGACCACACAAGAUGAAGUAUCUUCCCACACAUCAGAGGAAGAUGGUGGGGUAGUCAAAGUGGAGAAAGAAUUAGAAAAUGCAGAACAGCCCGUUGGUAGUGGGAAUGAAAUAGUAGAGCAUGAGGUCACAGAAAACCUAAAUUCUGACCCCUUGCUUGAACUCUGCCAGUGUCCCCUCUGCCAGCUAGACUGUGGGAGUCGGGAGCAGCUGAUUGCACACGUGUACCAGCAUACUGCGGCAGUGGUGAGUGCCAAGAGUUACAUGUGCCCUGUCUGUGGACGGGCGCUUAGCUCCCCAGGAUCUUUGGGUCGCCACCUCCUAAUCCAUUCGGAAGACCAGCGGUCUAACUGUGCUGUGUGUGGAGCUCGUUUCACCAGCCAUGCCACUUUUAACAGUGAGAAACUUCCUGAAGUACUUAAUAUGGAGUCUCUACCCCAAGUCCAUAGUGAGGGCUCCUCCAGCGCUGAAGGAAAGGACAUUGCCUGCGCUCCUCCAGUGUACCCUGCUGGAAUUCUGCUUGUGUGCAACAACUGUGCUGCGUACCGCAAGCUACUGGAAACACAGACCCCCAGUGUGCGCAAGUGGGCCCUUCGGCGACAGAACGAGCCUUUGGAAGUACGGCUACAACGACUUGAACGAGAACGCACAGCCAAGAAGAGUCGGCGAGACAAUGAGACCCCAGAGGAGCGGGAGGUAAGACGCAUGAGGGACCGUGAAGCCAAGCGCCUACAGCGCAUGCAGGAGACAGAUGAGCAGCGAGCUCGCCGGCUACAGCGAGAUCGUGAGGCCAUGAGGCUGAAGCGGGCCAAUGAAACCCCAGAGAAGCGGCAGGCCCGACUCAUUCGAGAGCGAGAGGCUAAGAGGCUCAAGAGGAGAUUGGAGAAAAUGGACAUGAUGUUGCGAGCCCAGUUUGGACAGGACCCUUCUGCCAUGGCAGCCUUAGCAGCCGAAAUGAACUUCUUCCAGUUGCCUGUGAGUGGAGUAGAGUUGGACAGCCAGCUUCUGGGGAAAAUGGCCUUUGAAGAACAGAACAGCAGCUCUCUGCACUGAACCACACCCUCCUGCCUGACCUCCCAUCCAUUCCAGCUCACAGGGAUUGGUGCUGCAGGCACCCAGGAGGCCACAGUCCUUGCUUGCCACAGGCAGGUCCGGGUUGGCUGCAGGGAAACCUGUGCACCCUCUGCAUGUGGGAACAGGAUGGGGUCAGGAGGGACCUGGCUCAGUGCAGCUCUGGACAAGGGAGCAGGCACUCCAGAAACCUGGACUUUUUAGCCAGCAGUGGCAAGCCAGGGUUAUAGGACUGUAGGACCCAGUACAGUCCAUGAAGCUGUGAGGGCAAAUAAAUUAAUUUUAUCUUU